AAUUCUUCUCUUGUUCUAAGGGUCGAUCAUUUCAGAUUGAAGAAGGCAAUUGUACAAAUUCUGGAUAGUUGUAUUGCAUAAUUUCAGAUUUUGUUCAUAGUUUACGGAUGGAUUUUGAGCUGAGAAGAGCGAGAGAGAGGUUGGAGAAAGAGCAGAAGGAGAGGAAAGACAAGGCCAAGCUGAAACAGGAUCGGGAGAGAAAGGCUAAGUUGGAGUCUGCUCAACGCCGCGAGGCUAUUGAAGCUGUUCAGAGAUCCAGGAGAAUUGAUGCCGCUCAAGCCGAAACCAAGGCUAAUCAGCAAAAUGAGGAAAAUCUACUUGCUGGAAGAGGUGUGAUGUUUCAUCGAGUUUUAGAAGCAUUACCUUUUCAAGGUAGUGGUGAUAAAAUCAAAUUACCACCUUCCUGCUUUACAGAAUUGUCUGGACAAGGUGCUUUUGAUAAAGGACCUUUGCAUUUCCGCCUAUCUGUAAUUUGUCAAGAUGAAACUCAAGCAACAACAUCUUCAGAAUCCGCACCACCAAAACAUGUUACACAUGCUGGCGUUCUUGAGUUUACUGCAGAUGAAGGUUCAGUUCAUCUUCCAUCUCAUGUAUGGACUAACUUAUUCCCCGUAAAUAACACAACAACAACAACAACAACUUCAUUACUUGAAGUAACAUAUGUCUGGCUUCCAAAGGGAACAUAUGCAAAACUCAAACCGGACGAACAGGGCUUUUCAGACUUACCCAACCACAAAGCCAUCCUCGAAACAGCUCUUCGACAGCACGCGACAUUGUCUCAAGAUGACAUCCUUACUGUAAACCACGGCUUGCUGACAUACCAUUUACGUGUUCUCGAGCUCAAACCUUCAGACAAUGUAUCUGUUCUCGAAACUGAUAUUGAGGUAGACAUUGAGGGUCCUGACACUUCCCUAAACAGAUCCCAUCAAUAUGUCCUUAAACCCUUGAAAUUUGGAGCCCCUGAUUCAGGAACCAUCGAGGAAGGAAACUACGCAUACUACAAGUUCACCAUUGACGAAGAAACUCACUUGAAAAUCUCGUCGGGCAAUUCCACUAUUGAGAUAAAGCUAGAGUCGGAUAUUCAGGACGGUGAUACGGAUUUAUACCUUUCGAAACAUCCUGUCUUGUUUCCGAAUCGGCACCAGCACGAAUGGUCGUCGCACGACCUUGGCACGAAAACGUUAAUACUUAGCUCGAAGGACCAGAACCUCUCUGCUGGUAAUUACAGCAUCGGGGUGUACGGUUUUAAGGGGACCACGAAGUUCAGUAUUUCAUCGAGUGUUCAAGACGUGACUAAAACUGGUCAACAGGCUGUCGCGUCAUCAAGUUCUAUUGACUCGGACACAUCGGAGUGUAAGAACUGCAAGCGUUAUGUUCCGACUAGGAGCCUUGCAUUGCAUUCGGCUUAUUGUAGCAGGCACAACGUGGUGUGCGGUUACCAGGGUUGUGGGGUGGUCCUGAGGAGCGAAGAGGCGAAAAACCACGUCCAUUGCGAGAAAUGUGGGGAGCCGUUUCAUAUGGGGGAGAUUGAGAAGCAUAUGAUAGUUUUUCAUGAACCUCUUCAUUGUCCUUGUGGAGUUGUGCUGGAGAAGGAGCAGAUGGUUCAACAUCAGGCGGUAGAUUGUCAGUUACGGCUUGUUACGUGUCGGUUCUGCGGGGACAUGGUUCAAGCGGGGAGUUGUGCUGCGGAUGUUCGGGAUCGGUUACGGGGUCUGUCGGAGCAUGAAAGCGUUUGUGGGUCGAGGACUGCACCGUGCGAUUCUUGUGGGAGGUCGGUUAUGUUGAAGGAGAUGGACAUUCAUCAGGUUGCGGUUCAUAAUCAUCAUCAGUAGCAGCACUGACUUUUGUGGGUGAAAAAAUUGCCUAUAUUUCUUAAGCUAUGAUUAUUGUUUGUGAAUGUGUAAUAUGCUCUACUGGAUUAUUAUCAUUUGUCUGUUUGAGAAAUCAUAAUGAAAUGUCUCCUUUCAUUUCA